UCACUUUCAUUCUCUUUCUCUGUUCUCUUCUCUCUGCAUUUAUAUUUAUUCAUGUCACUGCAACAAGAAAGCAUUUUUCAACCUUCCCCAAAUUCCAAUUUUCGAAAUCCUUCAACAACCCUUUUGAUUCCAUUUUUCAAAAAUUCAAACUUUUUCUUCCAUUUUUGUAGUUAAAGAUGAAGAAGUUAGUGAAGGUUGAAUUGUUCACACUCCCCAAUAGACUCACACUGAUUCAAAUUUUCAUGUUGUUGAUGCUUUUCUACAUGCUCUUCAUGAGCUUUGAAAUUCCCUUAGCAUUCAAAGCAGGGGUUGGUUCAGAAAAAGUUGCUAUUGGGUUUCUCACCGACUCAAUGCCGCUUUUGGCAGAACAAAACCACCAGGAAAUUCGACCCUUUGGGUUUCAAUUUCAAUCACAGAAAGUUUCAACUUUGAGCUUCAACAAGAGCUUUGAUGGUGCAUCAGAGCUUCACAAGGUGGCAAAACAGGCUUACAUUUCGGGGAAGAAGUUAUGGGAGGAAGUUGAGAGUGGUAAAGUUAAGAGCUUUUCGGGUUUUAAAAUUGAAAACAGUUCGGAUACUUGUUUGAAUUCGGUUUCAAUUUCUGGGUUUGAGUUUAGGGAGAAGCUGAAAGGGGUUAUGGUUUUGCCUUGUGGGUUGACACUUUGGUCGCAUGUGACUGUUGUGGGGACACCACGUUGGGCUCAUGGGGAGAUUGAUUCGAAGAUUGGGGUUGUGAAGGAUGGUGAUGAGCCUGUGAUGGUUUCGCAGUUUAUGAUGGAGUUGCAGGGUUUGAAAGCUGUUGAGAAUGAAGAGCCACCGAAGAUAUUGCAUUUUAAUCCUAGGCUUAAAGGGGAUUGGAGUGGGAAGCCUGUGAUUGAGCAGAAUACUUGUUAUAGGAUGCAAUGGGGUACUGCUCUUAGGUGUGAGGGAUGGAAGUCUCGCGCAGAUGAGGAAACUGUUGAUGGACAGGUGAAAUGUGAAAAAUGGAUUCACGAUGAUGAGAACCGAUCGGAAGAGUGGAAGGCGACAUGGUGGUUGAACAGACUAAUGGGUCGGAAAAAAGACGUGCAUGUGGAUUGGCCAUAUCCUUUUGCUGAAGGGAAGUUAUUUGUUCUCACCAUAAGUGCUGGCUUGGAAGGUUACCAUAUUACUGUGGAUGGGAGGCAUGUGACGUCCUUUCCGUAUCGCACUGGCUUUGCUCUUGAGGAUGCUACCGGACUAUCAAUAAACGGGGACGUCGAUGUGCACUCUAUAUAUGCUGCUUCCUUACCUACAUCGCAUCCUAGCUUUGCUCCGCAGAUGCAUCUAGAAUUGCUUCCUCAGUGGAAGGCUCCACCUAUUCUUGGCGUGAAUGUCGAGCUUUUCAUUGGUAUCCUUUCUGCUGGAAACCAUUUUGCAGAACGUAUGGCAGUGAGGAAGUCAUGGAUGCAACAUAAGCUAAUCAAAUCCUCACAUAUUGUGGCUCGGUUUUUCGUAGCCUUGCAUGCAAGGAAAGAUAUAAACGUGGAAAUAAAGAAAGAAGCCGAGUAUUUCGGCGAUAUUAUUAUAGUCCCAUACAUGGAUCAUUAUGACCUUGUUGUUUUGAAGACCAUAGCUAUAUGUGAAUACGGGAUUCGCACCGUGGCUGCCAAGUAUAUCAUGAAGUGUGAUGAUGACACAUUUGUUAGAGUGGAUUCUAUCGUAAGCGAGGCAAGAGAAUUUGAAAGUGAUGAAAGCUUUUAUAUGGGAAAUAUGAAUUACCACCACAGGCCUCUUCGCGAUGGGAAAUGGGCCGUAACUUACGAGGAAUGGAUGGAGGAAGAAUAUCCUCCCUAUGCUAACGGUCCGGGAUACAUCAUCUCCUCUGACAUUGCUCAGUUCAUUGUAUCCGAAUUUGAACAGCAAAGAUUAAAAUUAUUCAAAAUGGAAGAUGUGAGCAUGGGAAUGUGGGUAGAGAAAUUCAACAGCACAAAAGAAGUAGAGUAUGUGCACAGUUUCAAGUUCUGCCAAUUCGGUUGCAUUGAAGAUUACUACACCGCGCAUUACCAAUCACCGAGACAAAUGACGUGCAUGUGGAAUAAAUUGCAACAUCAAGGUAAACCACUUUGCUGCAACAUGAGAUGACAAAGACAGAACCACCACAUCUAGGAAAGUUGCACAGUUUUCAUGAUAGUGUUUAUUUAUGUAAAUUAGCCUUCUUCUGAGGCGGUUUUGCUCAACCUAUCAGUUCGUUGUUUUCCGCCUUUUAUUUGAACCAUUCUCUCACCUUAAAGAAUAGAUUAGAUAGUCUAGGCAUGUUACAUAUAAAUAGUAAGAGGGAAAGAGAGGGAGAGAGAGUGAGAGGGAGAGAGUGAAAGUUGGGUACUACAGCGACUGAUGAAGGAACAAACCAAUGGUUUGUAUUUGUAGUGUAGACUUUAGAAGAAGCGGAAUAAAAUUUGUUUUCUUCUUUCA